AUGGGGGUAGGAGCAGCGUCCUCCAAGCUGAAAAGGGCAGCUAAGAAAAUGGUGGUGGCUGCAUGCGCCUCCUUCUCUUCCAGAAAGCCACCUGCUCUUGCUGAUCCCUCUGUUUCCAUUCAUACCAACUCUGUCAAUAUCUCGGACUCUAGUCUAACAAUGUUUCCCACAAGGACAAAGAAUAGCUUCUUAGAGGACGAGGAAGAGGAAGAGGAAGAGGAAGAUGAUGAUGAUGAUGAAGAAGAAUCCAACACCAUCAUUAGCAAUGUUAAAGAUAACAACAACGUGGCUUCUAAGAACUUGUGCGCAAUAUGUCUUGAUCCCCUGAGUUAUAGCACAGGCAACAGCCCUGGGCAGGCCAUAUUCACAGCCCAGUGUUCUCAUGCAUUCCACUUUGCCUGCAUCUCAUCCAAUGUCCGCCAUGGUAGUGUCACCUGCCCCAUCUGCCGUGCUCAUUGGACGCAGCUUCCCCGCAACCUAAAUAUGCCUUGUUCCCUCUCCCAAACUGACCCCAUUUUCCAAAUCCUUGACGAUUCCAUAGCCAACUUCCGGGUCCAUAGACGUUCUUUCCUACGCUCUGCCCGUUAUGAUGAUGAUGACCCCAUAGAACCUGAUCAGACUCCCGAUCAUCCCCGUCUAGACUUCUCUCUGGUGCCAAUCCCAUUGACAAUCUUUCAUCAUCCUCGCCCACAACAUUAUCAGCAUCACCACAACUUAACAGGCUCCUCGUUCUUUUCGCACCCGCCAACUUCUUAUGCAUGCACCUCCUCAUCAAAUAGGAGAGCAACUGCUGCCUAUCUAUCGGUAAAGUUGGCAAACCAACGACCAACAGACUUGGUUCUGGUUGCAAGCCCCAAUGGACCACAUCUGAGGCUUCUCAAGCAAUCAAUGGCGCUAGUGGUUUUCUCUCUCCGGCCCAUUGAUCGUUUGGCUAUUGUGACUUACUCUUCAGCUGCAGCCCGUGUCUUCCCCCUAAGACGUAUGACAUCCUACGGUAAGCGGACAGCCUUGCAAGUCAUCGACCGCCUUUUCUAUAUGGGGCAAGCAGAUCCAAUUGAAGGUCUCAAAAAAGGGAUAAAAAUACUCGAGGAUCGUGCACACAAGAAUCCACAGUCUACUAUCUUGCAUCUCUCUGAUAGUCCAACAAGAUCAUAUCAUCCUAUCAAUAUGCAAGUUCCUAUUCCCAUUCAUCGAUUUCAUGUGGGAUUUGGCUUUGGCACCUCAAACGGGUUCGUCAUGCAUGAAUUUGAAGAGUUCUUGGCAAGACUGCUUGGAGGUGUGAUUAGAGAUGUCCAGUUGAGAAUAGGGGAUGAAGCCAGGAUCAUAAGGCUUGGAGAUCUACGGGGCGGCGAAGAAAGAAGAAUCGUGUUGGAAUUGGGCGAGUCAGGUUAUGUUUGUGUAGGAUAUAGCUACAUUGAUGGUGGAGUUGAUGAAUGCAACAGAACAGGGGAAACUGUGGUGACGCUAGGUGAUAAGAGGGAAGCAAAUGACGAUGGCAGAGAAGCUGUAGCAGGGAGGGACUCCAGCAGUAUACUUGGUGGCAGAAGUAGCAGUGUUGAAACUUGGGAUUACCAUGACCCUUACAUGGCUAGAAGAUGGGCCAAACAUUUGCAUGGCUAUAGGAUUUGA